AUGCCCCCAGAGGCCAAGAUGAGAAUGAGAAAUAUUGGAAAGGACACACCAACACCGUCUGGCCCAAACUCGUUCAACAAGACCAAGCUCGGCUUUUGCAAUACCGCCAGGAUUUUUGAGAAGCAGCUGGAGAGCGCUUUUGAUGAUAAGGGCAACGCCGGAAGUGGCGGGAAAAAGAAAUUUAAAUAA